AUGACUGGCGUCCACGCAGCACCACGCGGCCCAAUUGCAGCCAAUGUACGGGCCAAUGAGUACGGUUUGCUCAGGACACAUCCGUCCAUGGGCCGCCGCGCGAUUCUGUCCGGAAGCCAGUGUCGCCCUCGAGCGAACCCGACCUGCUGGGCCCCCCUGCGUGAGCGCCGCUCCAGGCCGGCUUCCCGCCUUCCGCGAGGCCCUUUCUCGCCGCUUCCGACAAUGAUUCGACUCAGUCGAGCCCAGAAGGAGGAGGUCAAGCAGUUUCGGACGAUCACGGGGGCCGUGGAGAAAGUGGCCAUCGAGUACCUGAAGGCGGAGGGUUGGAACCUUCAGAACGCCAUUGGCUACUACUACACCAGUCCGCCCGCCAUGCCGGCGCCCAAGGUCAACAGGAAGGCCAUCGAGAGGCUGUGGGCGAAGUACAGAGACCCACAACAGGACGUAAUGCAGGCAGAAGGGAUCGGCAACUUCUGUGAGGACUUGCAAGUGGAUCCAUCAGAUGCGGCACUGCUGGUUCUGAGUUGGCACAUGAAAGCAGAGGUCAUGAGCGAGUUUUCAAAGGAUGAGUUCAUUGGCGGGCUGACGCAGCUGGGCUGUGACUCGAUCGAAAAGCUGAGGAAACGCCUGCCUGACCUCAGGGCAGAGCUCAACGAUGCGGAGACCUUCCCAAAGAUCUACGAAUAUGCAUAUAUGUUUGCAAGAGAGAAAGGGCAGAAGUGUGUGCACCAGCCCAUGGCCAUUGCUAUGUGGCAGCUGUUGUUCAUCAACUCUCACCAUUGGGAGCUCCUGGGCGAGUGGAUUAAUUUCCUGGAGAAUCACCACAACAGGGCGAUCUCAAGGGAUACCUGGACACAGCUCCUUGAUUUCAAAAAGACUGUGUUUUCAGACUUUUCAAAUUUCGACCCCAGCGGUGCUUGGCCCUACCUCAUAGACGAAUUUGUGGAGCACAUGAUGCCACAACAAUCUGAACAGGAGGGUUUACAGGUGCACUGA